CCCUGACCAGUCUUCUGUCUUCCUCCGAAAUGGUCCCCUCCUUCCUGCUCCUGCUGCCCCUAUUGGGUGCCCUGCCAGGGGUCCUGUCCCAGGUGCAGCUUGUGGAGUCCGGCCCUGGAGUGGUGAAGCCCUCAGAGCCCCUCAGACUCUCCUGCAUCAUUACUGGUGAUUCCGUCUCCAGCACCAGUGCUGUCUGGCACUGGAUCCGCCAGCCUCCUAGAAAGGAGCUGGAGUGGAUGGGACGUGUUUAUUAUAGGAAUUCCAAAUGGUACACAAACUACACGCCUUCCCUUCAAAACCGAAUCUCCAUUUCGGCCGAUUCUUCCAAGAACGAGUACUUUCUGCAGUUGACCAGCGUGACAACCGCAGAUACAUCCAUGUAUUACUGUGCAAGAGACACAGUGUGGUACAAUUCGAUCUACACCAGCCCGGAACUCCUUUCAAAGUUGAUGGACCUCUCAGGAAGCAGAAAUGAAGGGUCUGAAGCCUUUGAUAUCUCUGUGUGCCAGCCUUUAGUUCCCCACGGGCAGAAACCCAGAAAGCUCCUAGCCCGGGCCCACUGGAUCAACUUUCUGCUCCACAGAGACACAGCCCUGGAGUUGGUGAUGGCCAGGGCUGGGGUGGUGGCAGGAUGGCUCUUGCGGAUCAGGCCCUACAACUGGGGUGUCUGUCAGAUCUUUGUGAAACAAGUAGUGGUUUCUGAGUCAGUGAUGUUCGAAAUUGCAUCUUUUUCUGGGGAUCAGCUCCAGCCUAGCGAAAGUCUCAAAAAAUUUCCACACCAGCAGUGA